AUGAGAUUUGCUGUAUAUACUAUUGAUGUUAGGAUCUGGCUAGAAUCUCCUCUCCCAAUUCUUUCGGCAAUAUGUUCCAUCGAGAAUUUACCAUACUAUCCAUUAGAAAUGAUAGGAGGGCAGAACUCUGGCUGCGCUCGGCAGCUCACUGUACUAAACUGGGCCAAUGAUGGGUCAAUAGGAAUCCAGGUUGGUGGCUUGUGGGUGGCAAUUGAAGCGUACGGUGAAAGCUUAGUGGACUUUGACCUAGAUCACUGGAAGUGCUUGGGAUUCUUGAAAAGGUAUGUAAUAUAUUGCAAACUGGAAGAAUGGAGUGCGAACUUAUAUCUCACUCGGACGCAAGACCAUAACGCAGUAUAUGAUGACAGUUUAACUAAUGUUUCGCUAGGAGGUCUUCUGCAAAAUGCCUGGGCAGGCGUUCUGCGAGCAAACACUCCUAUGACCUUCUUUUGCACCAAAUUCCUCAACCACGCAGAUUUGCCUUCCGUAAUCCUUUCAUUGUCACAUGCAUACUAUCGCCGCGAGGCUUUUUGCACAUAUCAAUAUAGAUACUCUAACCACAGAGCCCCGUAUUAUCAAGCUAUGAAAACCGCUACUGCCGCCGGCCCAUCCUCAUUGGAUAACCUAGACAAUCCUGAAGACCCCGAUAAACCCAAAGAUCGGACGCGGGUCAAUAUACUCAUUGUGGAAGCAGAAAACCCUGAAGUGGCUAUGGUAGACUUUGUUUCUCCUCACCCCAGGGGUCGUCGCUCUGUGGAAUGUCCGAUUUUCUCCACGCCACCAGUAUCCUUCGCACCCGAUAACGCACGCUCACCAAUGUCCAAUGGAAACAGAAGCAGGAGUUAUAGCGGUAGUAGCGUUAGUCUCAUACGUACUACGACAGAGUGCCAGAAGAUAACCAGCCCUAUGGAAAUUGUGCAGCAUAAGAAGGUGGGGAGAUCUUGGAGGUAUUUAGAAGGCUGGCAGGAAAGAAAGGAGUAUCUUAACGAGUAA